GGUUUUUUCCUUUGCCGAAAAAAACUCAACUAAAUUUUCUAUUAGAACUUAAUGGUCCGUUUAGUAGCAAGGAAUUGGAGUGAGGGAAGUGGAACUAAUAUUUUUAUCCAUUUGGUACCAUAGAACUCGGUCCUCCCUUGAACUCAGUCCCAUAAAAAUCGAUGGAACUAGGUUCUAUGCUUACUUGAUGUGACUCAGUUCCGUCUGCUCUUUAGACUCAAUUACCCGUGUCCCCUCCCUCCCUUGCCAUGAUCUUGUGAUCAAUGAUGGCCCUUCACUAGCGAUAGUGAUGGCCCUCUGCUAGUGACGGUGGCCUUCCGCCAACAACGAUGAUGAUGGUUCUUUGUCGUCCUAGGUCAGCAAUGCAUACAAUCGUCUGCGUAGCAAUGACUUUCAUCCUUCACGAAGCCACCGCCUUGUACAAGCAUCGACGCACGGCCAGAACACUUGCUCCGACAGCAGCAAUGCUCAAAGCUUUAACAAAUCGAAGGCAUUAAUGAGCUCAAAAGCGAGCAGAUCGACUUGGGUGGAGCAAAUCAACUGACUUGCAUAUCUUCGUCUUCAGCAUCGCAAGUCGAGUAGAAGAUCUGGGUUGCAAAUCUUUCUUCUUUUUUUUUUUUUUUUUAAUGAACAAACGAAACCUAGGCAAACUAGCCUCUAUACCCCAUUAGAGAGUGAGUCCUUAGCCACAAUCAUGCUCAAUCCUUAGGUAACAUCGAGAAAAUCGUGAUUCCAAGCAAAAGUUGCAAGCAUACUUGGGUUGCUUAUUAUUUUAUGUUUAAAUGCUUUGAUGAUUAAAUAUUGUCACCUUCCUCAAAUUUUCUUCUUGGAUUAUGGUUUUUUUGUUCUCCUGUAUUCCCACAGCAAUUGCUUCAUGUGUGAGCUGGUAUUUCAAUGGCUUUUUUUUUUUUUAUAUAUUCAAGGCUAUAUUAAUCUUUUCAAAAUAUAAAUAUAAUAUUAAACAAAUCUUUUAUCUCACUCCCAUUGCAUAUCAAACAUAUUUUUAAACUUCACUCCUUUUUUUAUUUCCACUUCUAGUUUUAUUUCGACUUUCACUUCCACCAAAAACAAUUCCCUAUACCAAAGGAGGCAUGAGAAACAGAGAGUGGACUACAUUUUGCUGAAUGUCUUGCACCUCAUCCAAGCUUGAUCAAUUUUCAUAAGUAUUAUUUGAAGUGCAACAUUAAUUGCAUCUCAAAAUUAUAAGUUUACAUACGCAAAAAUGUGCAUCUAGACGAACACAUAAUCAGUGCAUGAGUAUACGAACAAUGAAUAGCAAGCAAGGAGUAAAAUUGCUCCCCAAUCAGCAUCCAGUUUGGCUCAAAUUUCUAAUUCUAAUUUUGAAGUGAUGGUUACACACUGAAAUAAAUGAUAUGUUGUUACAUUAGUAGUUAGUAAAUAUAUCUUCGAUAUAUUUUAUCACCACAACCAGCAAAGGCUCGCAGCUUUGCUUCUGUUUCCUUAAAACUAAUUGUAACCACACGGCAUGAAACGAAAAGAACAAAAUAGCAUUGUAAAGUAGCAUGUAUGCUAAUGGAUUUACCCCACAGAGACGAGCUCUGACAAAGAGCAUGGUUUCUCUCCAGUCUAUUCUCUCUCUAUAUCACUUCCACUUCAAGUUUAAAGUGUUUGAUUAAUUUGAAUAGUUUAAAUUUAAUAAUAAAUAAAUAAAUAAAUCUGUGUGUUUAAAUUCGUUCUGAACAACCUAGAACUACAGUUGAGAUGAAAUAAAGGUAGUGGCAUAAAGCAAAGUGAAACCAUAUUCGGUUUGACAAUAUUAAUGAUGAACUACAUAAAUAACAUAACGGAAGUAUUACUCUUCAACUUCAUUUAUAAUUUUGAUAGCAGUUACUAGCAUCGCGGGGGGAAAAAAGGCUUGCUUUGGGUUAAUUAACUCAUUUGAAGUUUGAGAAUAGGUUAUAUCCAGCCAUUUGAUGCUUCAAAAAUUAAUUAAUGCUACGUUCCAACCCUCCACUAUAAACGAAACCAGGAAGAACAUGUCCUUGAAAGUGAAACAUUUAGACAUUUCCCUCAUUUUCUGUUGAACACUCUCUGCCAUGGAUUUGGAUACAAAGAUCAGACAACAAUAUGUUUCCCAGCCAAUGCAGAUGCCAGCAAUGGACGUGAAAUCCAACGUAAAAGAUCUCCAGCUUCCUAAUUUUGGGGCUCCUUCAUCACAGAGUAAUUUCUUGCAAGAUCUACUCCAUAUUGAUCCAUUUCAAGUAUAUGGAUCUUCAUCAAAUUCAGUUAUUGGGGUCCAAACUGCAAAUUUUGUUAGCCCUUUAGAUAGUUUCUCCGUUGGCUGUUCAUCAGAAGAUUUUGAUGUUUAUGAGUCAAAACCAUUUAUUGAAAAUAUCAAUGGCAAUGAAGGGCAUGCACAUGUUAUGGAGAAUUUCCAGUUCGGAGGUAAUAAUUAUUAUAGCCUCAAUGUCUCUCAUGAGAGGAAUCAAAUGGAGGUGGUGGAUGCAGACCAGAGCAAUUAUUAUUUUCCAUUUGACUCUCAAGAAAGCAAGCCUAUCAAAUUCGUAGUACCAGAUGAUGAAGUCUCUGUCAUAUCUUCAGAUCUUAGUUUUCUCCGGAGGGUUGGUUUGAGUAAUAGGAAUAGCAGGUUAUCAGCUUCAAUCAGAAGGGCAUGCAAAGUUCGGAACAAGUCCAACGUGGUGAAGGGACAGUGGACAGUGGAAGAAGAUAGGCUGCUGAUUCAGCUGGUUGAAAAGUACGGAGUGAGAAAGUGGUCUCAUAUUGCUCAGAGUUUGCCUGGGAGAAUAGGCAAACAAUGUCGAGAGCGUUGGCAUAAUCAUUUAAGGCCUAACAUCAAGGUUCUAAUUUGUCUGAGUCUGUUAUGCCAAAAGGACACGUGGAGUAAUGAAGAGGAUAAGAUCCUGAUCGAAGCCCACAUAGAGAUAGGAAAUAAAUGGGCAGAGAUUGCCAAGAAGUUGCCUGGAAGAACUGAAAACUCCAUAAAAAACCAUUGGAAUGCAACCAAGAGAAGGCAAUAUUCAAAAAGGAAGUGUCGCUCCAAGUACCCUAAACCCUCUCUUCUUCAGGAAUACAUCAAGAGCUUGAACUUAGACAAAAACCCGCCUAUAGAUUAUAGGAAGAGAUCCUCUUCUUCUGCUAACCCUAACAACAACAACAACAAUCGUAUGACUGGUACAAGGAAAGCAUCAGCAAGACUGGCAAGUGAGCAGUUUUGUCCCGACAAUGACAGAUUGGUUCCUACAUAUGACUUUAACGACGUCCCAGACUUUUGUUUCGAUGAGAACAUAAAUUUGUUUCAAGAAGUAUGCAAUCUUGAUACUUUACUUGAUGAUAUGCCUUGUGCUCCUGAUCAUACUGUGCACGGAGGAGACUUUGAAGCAAAGUUGCAAUAUUGUGACGAUGUUGUUAAUAAUGCUGAUUUUGAUGAGGAUGAUCAGUUUGAUUUAGGGAAGUCACAGGGUCAGGAGGUGGAACUUAAGAAGGAGAUGGAUUUGGUGGAGAUGAUGUCUCAGAUCAAAGAUGUUCUUGGUUGUGUUUAGCUCUUUGUCUUGGAGGAACAAAUUUUGAAGGAUGAUGAAACAGACAACAAUAAAUAAAUAGUGAAACAAUCUUGAGAAUUAUUUAAUAUAUUUAACGCAUAUAUGGAGUUAAAUAAAGAUUGUACUUUGACCUUUUCGCGAAAAAAGGAUUGUACUCUGAUCUGGUUCCUAGUUUGAAUGGAAAAGAUAUGCAUGUAGCUUUGAAGCCACUUCUAUAUUCUAUGUACUCCUGCAUAAUUUUAUGUUUAUGUACAGGUGAUGUUGAUACGACCAAUCAAAGGGAUGAUACAUUUCUAUUUUGCACUGUAGGUUAUCUUUGUUUAUUUUUUCUGGGGCAGAGCACCAUGGGACGUCAGCCGCAGCACAAGAGAUGAUAUUUGGGGAAGGGCCAAAUGGUAAACUU